UCACACAGAGAUAACUGUGAGGGAAAAAGAAACUGAAUUCUAUCAGUGUUUGUUGUAAAAUGGCAGAAGCUAGUGUCACAGUGUAUCAGAAGCAAUUCACCUGCGCAAUCUGUCAGGAUCUACUGAAGGAUCCAGUGACUACAGCCUGUGGACACAAUUACUGUAUGAACUGCAUUAAGAGCUGCUGGGAUCAGGAGGAUCAUGCUGGAGUUUACAGAUGCCCUCAGUGCAGACAGACCUUCAUACCCAGACCUGUUCUGGCCAGAAACACAAUACUGGCUGAAGUGGUGGAGAAACUGAAGAAUACUGGACAACAAAUGACUGCUACUGCCCAUUAUACUAGACCUGGAGAUGUGGAGUGUGAUUCCUGUACUGGUAGAAAACGUAAAGCUGCCAAGUCCUGCCUGGUGUGUCAGGCCUCUUACUGUGAAACUCACCUCCAGCCUCACUAUGGGUCUCCAGCUUUUAAGAAGCACAAGCUGACUGAUGCCACUGGACAUCUGCAGGACAAGCUCUGUUCCCAGCAUGACAAACCCCUGGAGGUCUACUGCUGUAUCGACCAGCAGUGUAUCUGUAAUCUGUGUACGAUGUAUGAACACAAUGGCCAUGAUACAGUAUCAGCUGAUGCACAAAGGACAGAGAUACAGAAAAAAAUGGAUGAAAUGCAGAAGGAAUUUCAGCAAAGAAUUCAGAUGAGACAAAAGGACCUGAAAGUUCUGAGAGAGGCUGCGGACUCAAUAAUAAGAUCAGCACAGUCAGCUGUGGAAGACAACGGGAAGAUCUUCAUUGAGAUGAUCUACUCCAUUGUGAGAAGACGCUCUGAGGUGAUACAGAGGAUCAAAGAUGAGGCGAAGGCUGCAGUGAGUCAGGCUAAAGGAGACAUGAAGAGACUGAAGCAGGAGUUCGAUGAACUGAAGAGGAGACACUCUGAGCUGAAGCAGCUUUCACACACAGAUGAUCACAUCCAUUUCCUCCAGAGUUGGCAGAGUCUUCCUGUUAUCCCCGAAGCUGGAUUUGGACCAAGAAUCUCUGUCUAUCCACGCUGCUCUUUUGAGAACGUGAGGAAGGUGGUUUCUGAACUGAAGGAUCAACUGGAAAAUGUUUGCGAAAAGAAGACAGCAGAGUUGCAUCGCCCAGUUACCAAAGACACCGUCCUACCAGUAUUAGUGCCCAGGACCAGAGCAGAAUUCUUACAAUAUUCCCGUCAUCUUACUCUGGAGCCCAACACAGCAAACAGACACCUCCACCUGUCUGAGGGGAACAGAGUAGUGACAUGGAAGAGAGAGACACAGUCAUAUCCUGAUCACCAGGAGAGGUUUGACUUAAUCCCCCAAGUGCUGUGUACAGAAGGUCUGACUGGACGCUGCUACUGGGAGGUUAAGUGGAGUGGGCGUUCAAUUGGUAUAGCCGUCACAUAUAAAGGCAUCAGCAGGACAGGAAUGUAUGAUGACAGUUGGCUUGGAAGCAAUGACAAGUCCUGGUGUUUGUACUGCUCAGCCUGCAGUUACUCAUUCCAACACAAUACUGUGCAAACUGCACUACCUGACCCCCCCUCCUCCAGGAUAGGAGUGUACCUGGAUCACGGGGCAGGAAUUCUGUCCUUCUACAGCAUCUCUGACACAUUGACCCUCCUGCACAGGGUCCAGACCACGUUCACUGAGCCCCUCUAUCCUGGGCAUUUUCUUUGGAACAGUACAGCCAAACUGUGCUGAGUAUGUUAACAGGCUGUUAAACGUAUCUCAAAAAUUAACUAAGUAAUUAAUGCUAGAAAACAUAACUAUUGGCAGAGAACUGUUUGCUGAGGGAUCUUGGCUCUGUCAUAUACAGA